GAAGAGUUCUAAAUACUUCCACGAGGGGGAAAGGAUACUGGAGUUGUAUGAUAUUGUUUUUGUGUGAUGGACUGAUGGAGCAAGUGUUCUGUGAAUAGUACAAAAAUUUUUAGGCCAUGCGAAAAUGGGAGAUUGGAACUUGCUAGGGAGCAUCUUGGAGGAGGUUCACAUUCACUCCACCAUUGUGGGCAAAAUCUGGCUCACCAUUCUUUUCAUUUUCCGUAUGCUCGUGCUCGGGGUUGCCGCCGAAGACGUGUGGGACGAUGAGCAAAGUGAGUUUGUGUGCAACACAGAGCAGCCUGGAUGCAAGAACGUCUGCUAUGACCAGGCGUUCCCCAUAUCCCUCAUUCGAUACUGGGUCUUACAGAUUAUUUUUGUCUCCUCACCUUCUUUGGUGUACAUGGGACACGCACUAUACCGGCUACGGGCACUGGAGAAAGAGCGCCACAAGAAAAAAGCUCAACUGAAGGUGGAGCUGGAGGAGACGGAGGCUUUGGAGGAGCACAAAAGGAUUGAGAAGGAGCUUAGGAAGCUGGAAGAGCAGAAGAAAGUGAGGAAGGCUCCUCUGAGGGGUUCCUUGCUGCGCACAUAUGUGUUGCAUAUCAUAACAAGGUCAGUAGUGGAAGUGGGAUUCAUAGUGGGGCAAUACGUGCUCUACGGUAUCGGACUAUCACCGUUAUACAAGUGCGAGCGUGACCCCUGUCCCAACAGCGUGGACUGUUUUGUUUCACGGCCAACGGAGAAGAACAUCUUCAUGAUUUUCAUGCUAGUCAUUGCAGGGGUGUCCCUGUUCCUCAAUCUUCUGGAGAUAUUCCACCUUGGUGUGAAACAGAUCAAGCAGGCCAUUUAUGGAUCCAAGUACAUUGGAGAUGAAGAAAGUAUUUGCAGGUCAAAGAAAAACUCCAUGGUCCAACAAGUAUGCAUCCUUACCAAUUCCUCACCACAAAAACGCAUGCAUUUGACGCACACUUCCCUCGCGGUUGUGCCCGAUGGACAGACAGCACCCAUGCCUCUCUAUAUGCCAAUGGCUGCUAACAAUGACACUAAUGGAUCUGAGCAGCCCCUCAGGCAGAACCGUCUUCCUAGCCAGCCUGAAUUUCAGGCUCUUCAACAGUUGGGAGCAACAGAACGACGACCCACUUUAGACAACUGUCCGCACUCCUGCAGCAGCGAGGAGUCUGGGCCCAAGGGAUCUGGACCGCCCAAGAACACUGGUCAGCAGCCCAGAGCUUCACUCAGAGCCAGUAACAUAGAGAUACCAGCAGCAUUACGGAAACAGAGCCGAGUCAGUCAAUGUAAAGACUUCAGUGAGGAGAGCGAUUCCCAGGAGAGCGGGAACUACCCCACUGCCAGGAAAGCCAGUUUCAUGUCGCGAGGGCUUUCAGAAAGCUCAUCCGAAAGUGCAGCCUCCAAAGGUGGAUCGGACACAGCGGCCAACCGUAUAGCUCAAGGGGAGAGUCCAGCUAUGACACCCCCUCCUGCCACUGGUCGCAGAAUGUCAAUGAGCAUGAUUCUGGAACUGUCUUCAAUCAUGAAAAAGUGACAUUUUGGAGUUUGAAGUAUCAGCUCUCCUCUGAGCAGAUAGCAAUGGGAUGGAUAUUGCGGUGUCUUCCUUGGCUUAAUUUUGACUCCAUAAUUACUGCAAACAUUAUGAUUACACAUUAAAGUAAUUUAACCGACUCUCAACAAACGCUUAAAAUAAGAAGAAAGCAUUUUUAACACACCUCUUUUCAGUGCUUGUAGCAUUUCUGGUUUUCAUUAACAGUGUUUAAUAAGAACAUGAAUUGUGCUGUGACAUUUUGCAUAUGAAAUCUAUGGCUAAGCUCAAAGAGCAAUCAAUGGAUAUCUAAAACGUAAGUCAUUCUUUAAAAAUGCAAAUUGACUAAUGACAUUUCAUUGACAAUAAUUAGGCAUACUCUACAAUUUAUAGAUAGUAGUGGAUAUCAUCGGAUAUGUUUUUGAAUCAGUCAAGAUUUAAGGGCUUUCAUUUUUUUCGUACUUUUCUUUAAAGUCUUGUAAAAACAAGACAUUUUUAGCAAAUGGCAAUCCCUACUGUGAAAUAAAGUACUUUUGUAUUCACAGCGAUAUUAUUAUUAGAACUUUGGUUGUCUUUCUCCAAAAUGUAAUAAUUCUUAAUAUUUAUUAAACAAAAUAUCUCAAAUCCGUCCACUGAAGCAGAUGAGUUCAGAAUGAGAAUGUGCUCUACUGCCAUUUGGUGGUGAACUUCAUAUUAUACAAAUGUUUGACAUUUAACACUGUUUAAACCUCAUGUGAUUAUAGUAUGUUGACCUAAUACAUGUCUUUUUAACGCACUACUGAUUAAAGUUAAGUUUCCACUAGUGGGAGCAACAUAGAUCAACUAACAGAUUUCAGGAAAUUGGCUCACCCAGGCCUCAUUAACAUAUCAAUAUAUGCUAAAUUUAGAUACAGUAAAUCUCCUCACACAGCUAAGGCAUAUGUAAUUUAAUGAUUGAUGUGUUUUAAUUCUUGAGCACUUGGACAAAACAUGUGAGUGAAAACGUGAGUUUUUCUUGUCUCUCACAAAUAUAGCUACAAUUAUAAUACAUAAAUAUUCUCAGAUAUUAAUUGGAAGUACUCACAAAUAUAUAAUUAACUUCAGAAAAUGAAUUGACAUACUGGAUGUUUUUUCCCUCCCCACAAAAGACUUAAUGGAGGUAAGAAAAUCAACAUUUUGCAAAUCACACAUAUGACCUAUGUAAAAUAAGAGAAACUUAAACCCCUAAUUGCUUUAUUGUUUGUGUGACCGAGUUGACUUAACUCGGGGGGUAAAAAAGAACUAUAAAACUCACCAGUGUGUGCAGCCUUGUUGACAUUGUUGCCAACUCUCGCGAGACAAAUAAGCAACCGCAGCUUCAAAA